AUGGUUUAUGUCAACCUUAAAAUAAAAACCACAUCUCAUUGUAUCGAUGAUUCUAAUAGAUGGGGAGAAGAUAUUGAUGGGAAACCAGCAUUCAGAAAAUGGUUCCAGCACAUAGGAGAAAUUAGAUCCAUAUGUCCCACUGCCAGUGUUCUCGCAUUAAGUGCAACAUGUACAUUAAAAAUAAGAAAGCGUGUAAUGAAUGCCCUAAACCUAAGCCCAGAUGUGACUGACAUUACAAUGUCACCAAACAAGGAAAACAUUAAGAUUGUGGUCAAUAAAGUUAACACUGAACUGGAGAUAGCUAUGUGCUGGCUUAUAGAUGGCUUGCAUAAAGAGAAGGAAAAUUUUCCUAAAACAUUAAUUUAUUGUACAUCAAUUAUAGACGUUUCUAAAAUGUAUAAAUAUAUUUCAAAUGAACUCCCUAGUUAUAUUGGAUACAUUGAUAUGUAUCAUUCAGAGAGUACAACAUCAAGAAAAGACAAGAUUUUAACGGAACUUAAAAAGCCAGAUAGUUCUUUACGAAUUAUCGUAGCCACCUCAGCACUGGGCAUGGGUGUUGACAUCUGUGACUGCCAAAACAUUAUUUUGUAUGGUGCACCGAAAACCACACUUGAUCUUAUUCAGCAAAUGGGUAGAGCUGGAAGAAAUGGUAAACCUUCUUUGGGACUAAUUCUGUACAAUUCUUACAACAGUAGGCAUGUUGAUGUAGACGUUAAACAAGUGUACAGCAGUAAAGAUUGCCGCAGAACAGCUUUACUUCAACCUUUCUUAAAGAAAUCCGACAUGGAUAAAUUGAGAAGUGUAGAAACCAGCCACACAUGUUGUGAUCUUUGUGCUUUAAAAUGUAGUUGUGGAAUAUGUGAAUCUUUACCAGUUGAAAUAAUGUUCACAGACACAUCAAAUAUAAGUGAAAGUGAAUCUGAUUCCAACACAGAAAGUUAUGACUGGGCUGAGUAUGAAGCUGAACUAAUGGGACUACCAGAUCUAGACAUUUGUGAUGAUUAAAAAAGAAUAUGAAUUGACAAAAGUAGUAAAUAAAUCAUGUAAAUAAAGCCAUUUUUUUCCAAAGUUAA